AUUUAAGCAGCCGUCAACCCCCCGCAAACCCAUUGUUGUUCUCCAUUAUCAACAUCCACCACUCCACAGACUUACACGAUAUCUCAAGAUCAUUUAUCCACAAUCUACCGCUUCAGGAAGCGGCGCUCACUUCAUCUGCUUGACUUCCUAUACCCAUAAGACACACAACAGUAUUUCCUUACAGCUUCUCAAGCCCUCAACCACAAUGGCCCCUAUUGCAAUCACACCCGAGACCUCUCCUGAGCGCCGCUCCAGCCUCAAGAAGACUCUUUACAAAACUCGAUCCCACAGCAGCUCUAUUUCUUCGGUUGCUUCUAUUAUUCUCAACGAUGGUAAUGCCAUCCCCCAAGUUGCUCUUGGUGUAUACAAAGCCCCCAACGGUCAGGAGACUGAGGAUGCUAUCACGGCUGCCCUCGAUGCUGGAUACCGCCAUAUUGACUCUGCUGCUCGAUAUGCCAACGAGGAAGCUUGCGGUCGUGCAAUCCGUCGUUGGAUGGAGAAGACUGGCACACCCCGUGAAGAAAUCUUUAUCUGCUCUAAGCUAUGGGACUCUGAUCACGGCUAUGAAGCCACAUUCAACGCACUUUGCGCUUCCCUCGAUAAGAUGGGCCUUGACUACUUGGACCUGUAUCUGAUCCACUCUCCCGCUGAAGAUGAGCAGAAGCGUCUGGAAAGCUGGCGUGCUCUGGAGACAGCUCAGCGACUUGGCAAGGUCAAGUCCAUUGGUGUCUCCAACUUCGGCGCUGCUCAUAUUGAGAACCUCAUCGAGAACGCACGUGUGGUACCUGCCGUCAACCAGGUGGAAGUUCAUCCUUUCUGCCAGCGCGAGGCUCUGGUUGAUCUCUGCGAUAAGUAUGGUAUCAAGAUCGAAGCUUACUCCCCACUUGCUCGGGGCAACAAGCUCGAAGAUCCUACUAUCAACGCCAUUGCCAAGAAGUAUGGCAAAACUCCCGCUCAGAUUCUCCUCAACUGGAAUGCUGCUCGAGGAAAUGUUGUCUUGCCCAAGAGCUUGACCCCAUCUCGAAUCGAGAGCAACCUCCAGAGCUUUGACUUUGACUUGUCUGAGGAAGACAUUGAGACUAUCAAUGCACUUGGCACUGAGAACUACGUCACUGGCUCCAUGCACAAGUCCAGCGACUGAAUGAAUUAAUGACUUUGCUACAUGAGAUAUGAAAUCCUCCCCUUUUACGCUUGGGGGUUAUCCCUCCCCCUUUUUGCAUCCUCUUUUCUAGACUGGAUCUGGAAUUGAAUCUACGACACAAUACCUCGUCUCCAAAAGUGCUAUUUUGACGAACUGCGAGACACGCAUCGUCAUGACUAAGAAGCAUGAAUAGAUGGAUAGACUUUUAUAGAGGAAUAGGCUCUAGCGGCACGGCUGCUCAGAAGGGAAAUUCGCCAGUUGUUUUUUACUUUUUAUAGUGACUCCUAUUUAGCGCUGUCUGACCAAGACAAAUACAGAUUGUUUAUUAUUCCGAAG